AAGAAGCUCUGGAAUUAUUCAGGCAGGGGGUCUUCAGCAGCAAUACAGUUUUGGAAGCCAUAGCCUUAAUGAUUCAGUCACAACACUUUUCUCUCUUUUUUAGUUUUUUUCUGGACGUCGAGAGGUUUUCUCUCACAUGACAGAUGGGCAGAUUCUGAGAGAGCCAAGGAGACGAGUGAAUGAGAGCAGAAAACCCAACAAGCUGAGAGCAGGGGAGCAAGGUUGGCUGCUGCCUGUUCGUCUCUCUUAAUCCUUAAAUCUUCAGUAAUCAGGAUGAGAGGGUGAGAGCAUGCUGCCUUACUUAGGACAACAGAAUCUAUGUUGGGACCUGGCUGAUGAGGCAACCUCUAAGUGGCCAGUAAGAAAAAUGAAGGGAGGGGGGAUGGAUAUAGAGCUGGAAUCAGUUUGGGGGAACUUAACCUGAAACACACUGUGCAGGAAGAGAAGAGGACGACAUGAGAAGAUGGUUUGACACCCAAGAAAAAACAAGAAGAAAAACAUCCAAUCCAACUGGAUUUUAUAGGAUGUGGGCACUGUGCAGCAGUUUGGUAUUUUUGAUCCCUGACUGAAGGGGUUCUGAUGGCAACUGCAGGUGAAGACCCCCACCUGGGUGCUGGCCCAUCGGAGGACUCAGACAACCUCUUGGACGAUUCCGACUCUGACAGUAUAUUUUCUGAUGACUCGGUUUUUCCUGCAUAUGAAAGUGACUGGAGGUGUACAGAGCCAGCUAAAACCCUGUAUGAGGCCUGUGUGAGGAAUGACCCCACAGCUCUCAGCAGCAUUAUGGAGAGAGGCGUCACGAAAGAGGAGGCCAUGGAGCUGGACAUCAAUGGCAAGAAUGGGCUGAUGGUGGCUGUGACCAAAGGCUUUGUGGACAUCGUCAACCUCCUUCACCGAUGUCCACUAAUUGACAUAAAUCACCAAGACAACGAUGGAAACACCGCCCUCAUGAUCGCUGCACAGGCUGGCUUUAUUUCGAUUCUUAACUAUCUUCUUAACUACUAUCGUGGUGUGGACACGGAGGUCCGGGACCCUCGUGGCUUCACAGCCCUGAUCAAGGCAGGCCUGCAGGGCCGAGAUGAGUGUGUGUCGGCCCUGUUGAUGCACGGUGCAGACAUGCAUGCAGUAGACCUUGUCCAAGGCAGGGGUCUCAAGGACUGGGUCCUUAGGACUGGAAGGUUUGAAACUCUGACCAGAAUCCGGCGCCUGCAGGCUCAUCCUGUUGCCAAGCAGUUCUGUGAAAGCUACAAACCUGAGUGGCCUGAACUGAAGCAGCUGGUGGAGAAGGCCACCGCUCCAAGAACAUCCGGUCAGAAGCUGAGGCAGCGCUUAAAAGAAAGCCUCACUUUCAGAUUCCCACAGGACCCCCAAGACAAUGGAGUUAUGGACCAUAUGGUUCGGAUAACCACAAGCAUCCACAGCCCUCUGGUAGCUACUGGAUCCCGCCCACUUUGUCCCACAAGUCCUCCGGAGAUGGGCAAACGCCGGUUUGCCAUCCCAGAACUGCUUGAGAAGCACAGCACCAGGGAGCUGGAGGAGAGCAGCGUGUCCCACAGCAACGGCUCCGUCACCUCAGCUUCUCCCACUGCAUUAUCAGCCACCUCUGUCUCUCUGACCUCCUGCUGCAAGGACUCGGAGCGCAGGGAGAGCAUACUGUCAGGAGGAGCGAGAAGCUUCAUCCCCCGCAGCAUGGCUCACAGGAACAGCAUCUUUCCUUCCGGCUGCAUUCCUAAGAUUGAAGUGACAAAAUCUAGGGAGCCCACACCAAAGAAGGAGAAAAAGAAGAAAAGGCAAAAGGGCUACCUGGAGCCUCCCGUUUGGAAGUAUAAGGAGGCCAAAGCAGAGAAAAAGAGGGAAAAGAAAAGGCAGGAUAUGGAAAAGGACAAGCAGAAAGAAUCUAAAGGGUCCAAGAAGUAAGACGGCUGGUUGUUUGCCACAGAACAGACAUGAAGGGUUUACAUGAUCAAUGCUGAUGAAACAGGAAGUAAUUGCAAAACAAGCGACUACUAAAAAACACGCUUGGAUGUUAACCUUGUCUUCAGAAUGACACAAGUGAAAGGACUUGAAUUAGACGUUUGAAUGUAUAUUUUACCAUUUCAGGAUGAAAACUGUGGAUUUACAGAACGUGUUAUGGAUUCUGAACAAUACCAGCAUUUGGUGGAUGUUCCCUGUCUGUCUCCUGCUGAUUGAAAACCUGCGAUGAUAUUCUCAUCUGAAAAUCUGUUAUUUUCAUGAGAAUGAUGAACAGCAGAUGGUAGCAUGUCAUCAUUUGACUUCAAAUGUACCAAUAAUCUAUACUGUAUGUGACUUUUGUGCUCAAUUGCCUUCAGAAAAUGAAUUAAUGUGACGAUAAGCAGACGAAAUAGACACGCCAUGUUUUUAUUUUCUGUUACUAACUGAUUGUUGGUUGAGUUUAAACACUUUCCAGCGCUAAAGUUGCACUAAAGAACAUAUACUUUUUAUUUUGCUAUCUAACAUUUCUCUUUACAAUAUGUAGCAUCUAUCAAAUCUUAUUUUCCUGCAAUUUUCCAAAACAUUUUGCUGAGAUGUGCUGAAAAAGUAAUUUCUCUGCAUGUUUUUCUUUCUCGUGGUGAAACUACUUCCUGUUAUGAAUACGCAAGUUCUCCGUCUGCAGCUGUUUUCUGGGUUUUGUUUUUUAUGUAGUUUUAUGUGAAAACCAGAAAUGUCGGACCUCAUGAUUGUUUACAGAUCGAUAUAAGAGAAACCACCUGCACUGAAUAUUUCUCAGGGAAAAAAAGAUCCGUAGAUUUUUAUUAUCAGAUUUGUACACAUUCAUAAGAUUAUUGUGGUGAAUCUCAUAAUCUAACUUCCACUGAAAAAUGCUUGAAACUCUUUGUAUGAAUUGACCUAUUUACUAAAAUAACACCCAUACUUGCACUGAAAUGCUAUCACAACAAACAUUUAUAUUAUAUACAUUCUAUUUAUACUCUUAUCUGACACAUGUUUUAUUUAGAUCAUGCUUACUUGAAAAAUGAAAUAUUUCUGGGAUUGUUUCAGACUAAGCAAAGGACUUGGAGAGCUCUGGCUUUGCACCUUCAUGACGUAAAACACAAAAAAAAGUGUUUGCAUGUAAGUUUGGAAUAAACUGACUUGAUGCAAGAGUCAAAUUUGUUCUUUUGUCAGAUGUUUAUUGUGAUGU